UCUGUCUGCUCACUUUUUGACAGGAGCCGAAAGAAGAUGUCAGGAAAAGUGAGGCAGAGGACGUCGGCAAAUGCCGCUGACUCAGCCACUCAGUCUGUAAACGAAAAGAUCUUGAAAGAGUGCCAUUCUCUUUACACAGAACCAGAUAAUGGUAUGGUCAAAAUAGCUCAAGAUUUGGGUCUAUCUCUGCUGGCACCAAGGAAGAAAAUUACAGUUUUGAUGAUUGGUAACCAUUCAGCUGGGAAGAGCUCAUUUAUAAACUGGUAUGUUGAAGAACAUGUACAGAGAACUGGUGUUGCCAUAGAAACACAAGGAUUUUCCUUUAUUACCAGUGGCAGAAAGAGGGAAUCCUUAACAGGAAAUGCCACACUACAUUUGUAUCCACAUUUUGAACCUUUAAGACAAAUUGAAGGUGUAACAGACUACCUCACAACAGAAAUCUCCACAUCAAAGCAGAAGAAAUUCAGUUUAGUCACAUUUGUAGAUACACCAGGGCUUGUAGAUGGAGACAUGAAAUAUCCAUUUGAUGUCAACAAGUCCAUCCUCUGGCUUGGUGACUUAGCUGAUUUGAUAUUUGUUUUCUUUGAUCCUAUUGGCCAGGCUUUAUGUAAGAGGACUCUUAACUUAGUGGAAGAACUUAACCAUAAACAUGCAGAGAGGAUUAGGUUUUAUCUCAGCAAAGCUGAUGAGGCAGGACAUGAAAGUGAUAGACAGAGAGUGAUGAUGCAGAUUGUCCAAGAGUUGUGUAAAAGACCUGGAUUAAACAGAACAGGAUUUGACAUGCCAACAAUUUAUGUCCCAAAUAUGAAUUCCAAGGGAAGUAGAUGUGCCAAUCAGAUAGAAGAAGUAUGCAAGGAUAUAGAAAAGACAAUUAACCAGACAAUUCAGACUACACUCAACUCCUUGGAGAAAGAUUGUGAUCAAAUUGCUGAAAUGGUUAAAGAUAAAAUAGCAAAAGACAGUGUCACAGCCUCUGUGAAUUUAAAAGCACAGUUCCGUGGAGCAUUGUUUGGUUUUAUAGGCAUGCUGUUACCAUUGUUAUUGCUAGCAACCUACUUAGUGAGCACAAAAUCUCAAGUUGUACAAGUUCUUGGUGAAGACAUUCUGGCAACUCUGUCUUUAUAUUUGGGACCAUUAGCUCGAGGAUGGCAGAAGGUACCUGCACAAUACUCACAAUAUGUUAUAAUUGGAAUAGUGGGUGUUGCCCUGGUGAUGUUACUAAUAGCAAAAUUUGCUUCAUCGACAAAACCUACAUUAUCAAGAAAACAGAAAAAAUCUUUACUGGAAGUCAGGGAUUAUGUACAGAAUACUGUUAAAUCUAAAAAGCAAAAACUCUAUCAAGAAUAUCUGAAGCAGAGUGUAGCUGACCAUGACUUAUGAUGAAGGUUUCCUAUAGGCCAAAUACAUCAGAAUUCAUCUUGCAUCAUCUCCAUACAUCUACAGCAAAUUUCCAGUGUUCUAUAUCAUCCUGUCAUUAUCUUGACUAAAUUUUAUUCAAAUGCAGUUGUAAUGAAAUUAUGUGUGCCUUUUAAGACAACACUAUAAAUGAAUGCUGAAACAUCAUUUAUGUUAUGUUCAGCAGUAUGCCUUGACAGAUGGUAUUCUUUAACUAGACUUCAAGGUGUAUGGUUCUACUGAUUGAAGAAAUAUUUUAAUUUGUUGACCAGAAUUUUGAAAUGAGUAUUGUUCAUUUCUUUAUAAAAUUCAAAGUUUUAAAAAUUACCUACAUAAAAUUCUAAAUGAGAAAUUAUACAUAUUUUUGUUCUAUGAUUGUCGGUGUUCAUACAUUGUUCAAUUUUUCUGGUUGUAUAGGCUGUUUGUUUUAGUUUAUUGUAGCAAAGAAGAUGUUUUACAGUUACUUUAUGGUUGAGGGAAUUUUUAUUUAUUUAUUUUUUUUUAUCAGAUACUCUCUCUUUUUGUUGUAAAGAGAAUAUAUGGCACUGUAUUCAGAACAUGGAAAAGGCAAGAGAUCGUACUUAUUUUGUGUUGCUAGAUAAUAUUUUGUUUUAAUGUGACAGAUUAAUUAUUAGAUGUAUAGAUUAAAAAAACAAUUAACACUUUUCAAAUAUGCAUCGCUAGAUAUGAAUUUAACAUAUAUGUGUUGAUAAAAGGAUUUGGUCGAAGUAUAAUUUUGCAAAUAUGUUGUUAAUAAUGUUGGUCAGAAAUGUAUCAAAAUAUAAAAUAUGUUUUACUCCCAAUUUCAAUGUUAUAUUUGCAUCAUAUAUGGUGAUGAAAUGAAAUGUGUUAUUUUGAUACAACUCGUUAAAUAGAAUGAAUUAUGUCCCUUUGAUGGCUGAUGCUUAUUUUUUGCUUUAGUUGUCAAUGAAAGAGACAAAAUACAUAUUUUUAUUAAAUAAUAAGUUUAAAAAUUGGCCCUUAUAUGCUAAAAUUAGAAUGACUAUUAUGGAAUUCAAAAGAUCAGCUCAUAUUGGUAUUGGCCCAUGUAUUAAUUCAAGGUCUGCUGUAUUGGUCCUGUAUUGAUUCUCGGUCAGCUGUAGUGGCCCUCGGGACCAAUACAGCAGACCUUGAUACAUGGGCCAAUACCAAAUCAGCAAGUUGGUAACUCUAUAAUAUUGACCUUGCAUAAGAAUGAUAUGGAUGAACAUUCUCAUGCCAAAAAAAAAGGAUGCAUUUAUCAAAUCUUUUCCUUGGAAAAAUAAUCCACAACUUUUUUUCAGAUUGGUGCUGCUUUGCUAUUUUAAUACAGUAUUUAUUUGUUUAAAAAUUACCUCAUUUUUGAAAUGUCAAAAGUCUCAUGAAAGAAAUCAUCCCAUCACAUUUUUUGCUUGAAAAAAGAAAACGUCCAUGAAAAUGAAAGUAUUAAAAUCAUUAAGGUAUUAUUAAUCCGAAGGUGUUCAUUCUUUUUGUUUCAUUUUUAACAAGCAGUUUUUUCCCAAAAUAAAAGAAACACAUCAAUGUAUUAUUGCCUUUUCUUGUUAGACAUCCAAAUACAGUUUGUCAGUUUUUAUAACAUCUUAAAAAAGAAUCUAAGAAUGUACAAUUUCAGCAGUAAUGAACUUUUAAGAGGCAUGUUCAAAAUAUGAAACCAAUUCGACAAAUAAAAUUGAUAUGAUGAUAUAAUUAAUUUAAAGAUUACUAAAUUUUACUUUAUUGAAACAUUUGUUCCUGAAAUGUGUGUAAUUAAUAUUUAGAUAUUGUUCAAUUGUUACGUCUAGUUAAAACUUAAUGUACCAAUUUUUCCAGCAUACAAUUCUUAUUGAGAUUUGUUCCAGCAUGUUCACAGGAAUUUUAGUUAUAGAAUGCACUUUUAAAGAUAAAAUACUGUUCAGUUAUGAUUUUUCUAAAAUAUUAUUGUUUCAAGUCACACUGUACUCUUAAUAAUGUUAUCAUUUAUUGACAAACUGUCCAUAAAAUACUGGAAAAUUGAAAAGGUUUAUCCGUACCAUUGAUAGAAGCUUGCAAAGGGUACAAUAGUUUAAAGUUUUUUUUACAUGAUUAUCUGAUAAGUUUUUAUGGUAACUAUAUUGAUUAGAUACUAAUUUGUACUUAUAAGUUGAUAAAUACUAAGAUUAAUUAUGAAAUAUUUGUUACGAUGCUGUGAAAAUUAAAACUUUUGCAGUAUUUCAUUUCAUUUUGAGAGGAUAUGUUGGUGCAGAUCCAUGAUGAAUUUGUUAUGCAAUUUUACAAGGCAGCUCUUAUGUAUAUGUUACAAAGGACCAGAUGUUCUAGUCUCUAAGACAUUUAUUUUUUUUGAAAAUCACAAUAAAUGCCAGAAGCAUUAA